ACCACCAGUGUCAGCGAAGGCCAUAUAGAAGCAGGAUCUACCCGACGAAGAUGAAAAUGACAUCUAAAGUUUUAUUUCUUAUCUGUUUUUUUACUUCCCUCCAGUCGCAUCUUUGCCUUCCUUUACCAGCUCCAGAAGAGGGUAUAGAGAAUGGACACGAUGUUGACGUAGUGGAGGUGCAGACCGUAGAACUCGCGAUUAAUGUACCCGACGAAGAAUUGAAUAGAGCCCAAGGUGAUGAAGAAGAGCCAACUAGCGAAGAUACAGGGGAAGAAAGUGAAGAUGAAAAUGAAGUGGAUAGUGAGAACAGUAACAAUGAAGAGACCGUCGACGACGAAGGAGAGGACUCUGACAACGAAAGUGAAGACGAUGACAAUGAAAGCAAUGAUAAGAAUGGCGACGAAGGUGGAGAUGAUGAUGGUGGUCAGGAAAGUGAAGAUGAUGAAGACAGUGCAGAAGAUGAUGACGAAGACAAUGGAGAUGAGGAUAGUGAGAACGAUGAAGAUGAAAGCGAAGAUGAUGAUGCUGACGAAAGUGUAGAUGAUGAAGAAGACAGCGAGGUUAAUGAUAGUGAGGAAGGUGGAGAUGACGAAGGAGAGGAGGGUGAAGAUGAUGAAGAUGAAAGAAGUGAUGAUAGUGGAGAUGACGAUAUUAAGGAUAGUGGAGAGGAAGAAGGCGAAGACAGUGGUGACGGCGAAGAAGCAGAGAGUGGUGAUGAAGAUGGUGAAGAAAGAGGCGACGACGAAGGGGAGGAGAGUGGUGACGACGAAGAAGAGGAAAGUGAUGACGAUGGUGAAGACAGUGGUGAUGAUGAAGAAAAGGAAAGUGGUGGUGACGAUGAUGAAGGGAGCGGUGACGAUGAAGAAGCGGAGUCUGGUGAUGACGAAGAAGAGGAGACUGGUGAUGACGAUGAUGAAGAGAGUGGUGACGAUGAAGAAGACGAGACUGGUGAUGACGAGGGCGGUGACAGUGGUGACGAAGAUGAAGAGGAAAGUGGUGAUGACGAUGAUGGAGACGGUGGUGAUGAUGAAGAAGAGGACAGUGGUGAUGACGAUAAUGAAGAGGGUGGUGACGACGAAGAAGAGGAGAGUGGAGAUGAUGAUGGCGAUGACAGUGGUGACGACGAGGUAGAGGAAAGUGGUGAUGACGAUGAUGAAGAGAGUGGUGACGACGAAGAAGGGGAAAGUGGCGAUGACGAUAGCGAAGACAGUCGUGAUGACGAUGAUGAAGAAAGUGAAGAUGACGGUGACGAAGAUAGUGGAGAUGACGAGGGUGAGGAUAACGGCGAUGACGACGAUGAGGGCAGUGGAGAUGAUGAUGGAGGAGAGAGUGGUGAUGACGAAGGUGAGAAUAGUGGAGAUGACGAUGAAGAAGAAAGCGGAGAUGACGAUCGUGAGGACAGUGGCGAUGACGAUGGUGAAGACAGUGAAGAUGAUGACGCUGGUGAAAGUGGAGAUGACGACGUUGACGACAGUGGAGAUGACGAUGGUGAAGAUAAUGGAGAUGACGAUGAUGAAGACAGUGGAGAGGACGAUAGCGAGGAUAGGGGAGAUGAUGAUGGAGAAGAAAGCGGAGAUGACGAUAGUGAGGACAGUGGAGAUGACGACGCUGAUGAAAGUGGAGGUGAUAAUGGAGAAGACCGUGGAGAUGAUGAUGGGGAAGAAAGCGGCGAUGACGAUGGUGAGGAUAGUGGAGAUGACGAUGGUGAGGAUAGUGGAGAUGAUGAUGGUGAGGAUAGUGGAGACGAUGAUGGAGGAGAAAGCGAAGAUGACGAUGGUGCGGAUAGCGGAGAUGAUGCUGGAGAAGACAAUGGAGAUGAUGAUGGUGAAGACAGUGGAGAUGACGAUGGUGAGGACAGUGGAGAUGACGAUAGUGAGGACAGUGGAGAUGACGAUGGUGCGGAUAGCGGAGAUGAUGCUGGAGAAGACAAUGGAGAUGAUGAUGGUGAAGACAGUGGAGAUGACGAUGGUGAGGACAGUGGAGAUGACGAUAGUGAGGACAGUGGAGAUGACGAUGUUGAGGAUAUUGGCGAUGACGAUAGUGAAGACAGUGGAGAUGACGAUGGAGAAGACAGUGGAGAUGACGAUGGUGAAGACAGUGGAGAUGACGAUGCUGAGGAUUGUGGCGAUGACGAUGGUGAGGACAGAGGAGAUGACGAUGGAGAAGACAGUGGAGAUGACGAUGGUGAGGACAGUGGAGAUGACGAUGUUGAGGAUAAUGGAGAUGACGAUGGUGAAGACAGUGGAGAUGACGACGAUGAUGACAGUGGGGAUGACGCUGGAGAAAGUGGAGUGGAUGAUGGUGAGGAUAGUGGAGAGGAGGAUGGUGAUGACAGUGGUGAUGGUGUUGACAAUCGAGAAGUCAAUGUUAACGAGACUGGAGAGGGUAAUGUUGUCAAAAACAAGGGUGGUGCCAAUGGUGUGGAUUUCAAAAAUUAUGGUAAUGGCAUCUUUUACCGAGCCAAAAAUAUCAAAAGUAUCAAAGAACUCGUCAAAAACAUUUUAAGAAACAACAGUGGCAUUCAUAUCAACGACACUGAUACGAUCCUAAAGUUGUUGAACUCUACGAAAUUAGAAGGGUCAAGAUCUUCCGGCGUUUCUUGGUAUAGUGGUUUAUUUUUCUAUGAAGCCCUGCUUUUAAUAGCGUCCCUUGUAAUUUUAUUAUAAAAGUGGCUAAUAUUGCCUAAUAUUUAUCUCGUGUCUAAGAGCGAGGGGACGAGGAGAACAUUGCGAUCUGCUUGUAGCUAAGACAGAAAUUCUUGCGCUAGAAUUCGCCAAAGGUGUAUCAAAAACUCUACAAGAAAACCGUUUGUAACCCUGUGCGAUUUGUAUGCAAAUUAAUCUUAUGGACAACUUUUCGCAAAACGACAAAAAUCACCCUGGGGAUUUGCUUUUUUGUAUAGAGAUGUACAUAGGAAAUUAUUUUUAUGUUUGUAAUAAAUAGUUUUGAGCGACAUAA